GCAGCGGAGAAAAAACGCUGUCGGGACGCGCGGAGGAGAAAGCGGCGGACAGCCCGGUUCGUCCCGGCUGGAAGACGUCCAGCUGGCCGGGGGAGCAGAACAAGGCUGCACAGGAUAGAGGACACAGUGAGGGACAGCUGGAAUAGUCUCAUAAAGCCCAACCCUGCUGGAUCAUGGGUAAUCAUAAUGGCAGAGACAGCAAUGCCCCCACAGGUUCUCCUUUAGAUUUCUUCCACACGCCUCCCACCACACCCACCCAGGCAGAGCUGACAGCCAUGGCCUUAUCCUCUGCAGCCUCCCCGGAGAAGUCUCAGACUCCGUCGCCGGCCGGCACCGCCACCCCCUCCUCCUCCGCCUCCCCGGCGGCAGAGUGGACGCAGAAGCUGUCAGCGGGUCCGUCCGAGUGGGCCGUGAUCAGCGUGGACGGCGCCCCCCCGUCUGAGAAUAAUGUCAGCGAUGCGGCUCCGGCCAGGCGGGAGAAGUCGGCGGUCCGGCUGGGCAGUCCGGCGUCGUCUUCGCUGCUGCUUUCCAGAGGAUCGACGCCAGAGGAGAGCUGGCAGGAGAGGGACAGCGGGCUGGAGCCACAGGCUGCCGCAGAGAGAGCCGGGGAUGAGAUGACCUUGGUCUUACUCAGCCUGAUGGAGCACUACAGAACCUCACUGGGCCUGACCCCCAACACCGACGUCACCACAGGGGCAGUGGAGCUGCUUCGACGCUUGAUAACGGAGAGAGAGGAGCUGGUAGAGGAGGUGGAGACACUCAGGGAGACGCUCAGGACAGAGAGGCUGGAGUGGCAUCAGUUCCAGUCCGACCUGCAGGUGGCGGUGUCUGUGGCCGACCGGCUCCGUAUGGAGUCAGACCAGGCCCUGGCCUCGCUCCAGGAGAGCCACCGGGUCGUGGGGGAGAAGCUGGCUCAGGCCCUCAGCAAGCAGCAGGAGACGGACCGGGAGCUCCAGCGGCUAAGAGCCGAGCACAAAGACGUCUGUCGCAAACUGACUGAACUCAGCCUACUCUGA